GUGGUUUCGUUUGGAUCCAAAAACAGAGCUAUUGGUGUCUCAGCUAAAAAUCAGCAAAUUACUCAUGCCCACAACACAGUAUCUAACUUCAAGAGAUUCCAUGGCCGUGCAUUUAAUGAUCCUUUUGUUCAGAAGGAAAAAGAAAAGUUGAGCUAUGAUUUGGUUCUUAUGAAGAAUGGUGGAGUUGGAGUAAAGGUCAUGUACAUGGAUGAGGAGCAUAUUUUCAGUGUGGAACAGAUUUCAGCUAUGUUAUUGACUAAAUUAAAGGAGACUGCAGAGAGUAACCUGAAAAAGCCAGUAACAGACUGUGUUAUUUCUGUUCCAUCAUUUUUCACAGAUGCUGAAAGGAGGUCCCUUCUGGAUGCAGCUCAGAUUGUUGGAUUAAAUUGUCUUAGAUUAAUGAAUGACAUGACAGCAGUGGCUCUGAAUUACGGAAUUUAUAAACAAGACCUUCCAGCUCCUGAAGAGAAGCCACGGAUAGUUGUGUUUGUUGAUAUGGGACAUUCUGCAUUUCAAGUAUCAGCCUGUGCAUUCAACAAGAGUAAACUAAAGGUACUUGGCACAGCAUUUGACCCUUUCCUAGGUGGAAGAAACUUUGAUGGAAAGCUAGUAGAUUACUUCUGUGCAGAAAUAAAAUCAAAGUACAAACUGGAUCCAAAAGCAAAAGUUCGAGCUCUUCUUCGUCUGUAUCAGGAAUGUGAGAAGCUGAAGAAACUGAUGAGUUCAAAUAGCACAGACAUUCCCCUAAAUAUUGAGUGUUUCAUGAAUGAUACUGAUGUAUCUGGAAAAAUGAACAGGUCACAAUUUGAAGAAUUGUGUGCUGACUUGCUGCAAAGGAUAGAGAUGCCUCUGGUUUCAUUAAUGGAACAAACACAACUGAAAGUGGAAGAUGUAACUUCUGUAGAGAUUGUGGGGUUUCCUGCUGUCAAAGAGAAGAUUGCUAAAUUCUUUGGCAAAGAUGUCAGUACAACGCUGAAUGCAGAUGAAGCCAUAGCUAGGGGCUGUGCUCUACAGGUAUAG